AGCAAGCUAUCGCGAUAGUUCGUUAGAGCUGAAUUCAAACCUGAAGCGGUUUGGCGCUGACCUCGGUGAGAAGAUGGCAGCAGAACAGGAGAUGCAGCGACUGAGGAGCCAGUUGAGGGAGAGAGAGGAGCAGGUCCAUCAGGCCGCCAAAGCUGGUUUGGAUCUCCUCAACCAGCAGAUGGAAAUGCAGAACAGACUGGACGAACAGAGAGUGGAGAUGACCAACGCACUGGAGGCCCUUGAGCAAGAAAAGCACUCCCUUCAGAAAGAAGUGGGGUUAAAGACUCGGAUGCUUGACUCACUGCAGUCAGACCACGACUUUGUGAAGAACCAGCAGAGAGAGCAGCUUGAGGAACAACAAGUACAUCUAGAGAGGAGCCACAGCACAGCCCUCAAUGAGCUCAACAAGAAGAUGCUGGGUUAUCAGUCCGCUCUUGAGGAAUCCAAGCUGAAUGAGCAGCAGCUGAAACACAAACUUGAGGUGCAGACUGAGACUCUGAAUAACAAGACGGAGGAGCUGCGAGCUCUCAAUGAACACAGCCAGAGCUCCAUGACAUCUGAGAUGAUGGAGGUGCAGAUGAAGAUCAUGGAGCUGGAGAACAUUAAGAUGGAGUUGGAGCAGACACUGCAGGAAUCCCAGUACAAACAGCAGCAGCUGGAGCUGACCAAUAGCAGCCUACAGCGCCACCUGGAGCACAUGACUGAGGAGAAAGAGGAGCGAGAGAAGGAGGCCGUUUCCUUGUUUAAUGCUUUAGAGAAAUCUCGUGAGGCGAACCGGGACCUUCAGAUCCAGUUGGAGCAGUUUCUACAGCAGGCCCAGGAUCCCAACAGCAAAGGGAACUCUCUGUUCGCAGAGCUGGAGGAUCGGCGCGCUCAGAUGGAGAGACAGCUGAUCAGUAUGAGGGUCCAGUAUCAUUCACUGCAGAAACAACACGCCUUCAGCAAACAGCAUCUGCAGCGCAUGAAGGCCCAGAUAGCCAGUCUGAUGCAGCUCCAGUGUUCCAGGGCUGAUCCUGCUCAGAUGGAGAGACUCCAGUCCAUGCUCUUUGAGAAAAAUGGAGAGAUCCAAAAUCUAAUCACUAAACUGCAGAGACUAGAGAAAGUGGAGUCUCUGCAAGUGAAUCCUGCUCCAGCAGAAAGUGGUUGCCACGAUGUAACCUACUACACUGACCUGCUCCAAAUGAAGCUCACCAACGCUGUUAAGGAUGCAGAGCGUCUGGGAGACGAGCUUUCCCUGCAGAGGAUGAAAUCUUUGUCCGAGAGCCAGAGGGCUUUAGAGCUGGAGAGAAAGCUCUUCUCCUCUGGACGUCUCCUCAAGCAGACUCAGAGUGACAACAUCAGACUGCAGCUACAAGUAGAGGAGCUGCAGCACAAGUAUGAACCAAAAGGUAGCAAAAAGAAUCUGAUCCAGAAGAAAAGGAAAGAGAAGUUUCCUUUUGACAUCACGCCCUCCUCUGAGAAAACAACGCUUGACGAGGGAGAGCAGGUCCUUGUGAAGAUGGAUGUCACGAAUGCCACCAAGACUGCCGAUCCUGAAGCGGAUACUUCUCACACAGCUGAGGCAGCUAGCUCCAAACAAGAGCCUCAGCCACAGCCUGCAAAGUGUGUGAAAAUCAGUGGAGAGGAGCCUGUUGUGAUUCUCAACCCCAGCCCUCCUGUGACUGACUGUAAAGACGAGGCGAUGGAAAGGAACCAGUUGCAGAACAAGAAAGUGGAGAAAAGAAAGAAACCCAGAACAGUGGAGGCCAUCCAUGUCAGCUCUCAAAGAACCAUGGAGGACCAGUGUGCUCAGCAGUAGCACUCAGCUGUGUCUGUCUGUAUAUACAUAUGAUGUAAUGUCUUUGGAAAUAGCUUUCAUUUAAAUACUUCUAUAUUUUACUAAAUUCCCAUUCUUUUUCUGCUGACUUCAUUGUAUUUGCUCUACACUGUCAAUAUGUUGAAAUAAUAAAGUAUUCAAAGUUUUA